AUGCUUCAGCUUGAUGUUCUCCACGCGGGCCUAGGGGAGCGGAAACAAAGGAAGAAUGACCCCGUUGCUCUCACCCCUGCCGAGGACAUGGCCGCUCACGUGGGAGCGUCCCGAACGCCCCAGGAGGUGAUGGAGCACUACGUGAGCAUGUAUAUCCACGGCAACCUGGGAAAAGCCUGCAUCCCCGACACCAUUCCCAACAGGGUGACAGACCACACGUGUCCCAGUGGCGACCCGAGCCUGACCACGCCGCUCCCGCCACUGGAUAUCUCGGUGGCCGAGCAGCAGCAGCUGGGAUACAUGCCGCUUCGGGACGACUACGAGAUCGAGUACGAUCAGGACGCGGAGACGCUCAUCAGCGGCCUCUCGGUGAACUACGACGACGACGACGUGGAAAUCGAGUUAAAAAGAGCUCACGUAGACAUGUACGUGAGGAAGCUCAAGGAGAGGCAGCGGCGGAAGAACAUCGCGCGGGACUAUAACUUGGUGCCGGCCUUUCUGGGGAAGGAUAAAAAGGACAAGGAGAAGGCUCCCAAACGGAAGAUCACGAAGGAAGAGAAGGAGCUGAGGCUGAAGCUGAGGCCCCUGUACCAGUUCAUGUCUUGUAAGGAGUUUGAAGACUUCUUUGAGAACAUGCACAAGGAGAGGGUGCUUCGAGCAAAGAUUCGGGAGCUGCAGCGGUAUCGUCGGAACGGGAUCACCAAAAUGGAAGAGUCGGCAGAAUACGAGGCCGCCAGGCAUAAACGGGAAAAGAGGAAGGAGAACAAAAACAUCGCCAGUUCCAAGCGAGGGAAGGAGGACGGGAAGGAAGGUGAAUUUGCUGCCAUUGAAAACCUGCCUGGCUUCGAGCUCCUAUCGGACAGGGAAAAGGUGCUCUGCAGCUCUCUGAACUUGAGUCCUGCGCGCUACGUGACUGUGAAAACUAUAAUCAUUAAAGACCAUCUCCAAAAAAGACAAGGGAUUCCUUCCAAGAGUCGCCUGCCCAGUUACUUAGAUAAGGUACUGAAGAAAAGGAUUUUAAACUUUCUAACAGAAAGUGGUUGGAUAUCCAGGGACGCUUCAUGA